CACGCAUUACAAAACUUUUAUUCCCAAACGCCCCCAGGUUGAAAGUCUCACGCAGAUCGCGGACCAUACAAAAUCGUAGCUGUAGUUGGACCGUCGGACCGACGGCCCGACGUGCGCUCUGUAUGUCUAGUCUCAAGAGGUGACUAAUAAUGAUCAGUCAAACGCGUCCUUUACGACCUUCCCCGACGCCGUAGCCUAGCUAUUUUGAAGCGAACGCAUAGAGCUUUGACACGUAGACAUUAUAAAGCUCGGCAGGUAUCAUUGUGAAAGAUUGGAAUAGUCAUCCUGGCUCAAGUUUAAACACAUCGUCUCCAUAUAAAUGCCUCCGUACUCAAUGUCCUAGGACUCAAGUGCCUUCCUUCGCCUCUCGACAUUGUCGCUGGAUCAUGUCCGAUACUUCUGGUCGAUCCUCCUCAUCUAAGAGUCAUCUACCUAAGGGAAGCGCGUGCUUGAAUUGCAGGCGUCGUAAGAUAAAAUGUGACGGGAGGAGGCCUCUCUGUGGUCCUUGCUCAUUAUCAGACGCGUUUCGUGACUGUGAAUACACCGAAAGAGGGAUGAGCAGUAAAACGCAAACCCUAGAAGCACAGAUAUCAGUCCUUGAAAAUCGCAUUCAAGAACUAGAGAAAACAGGUCCGAUGAGUCGUUUGGAGAAUACUGGCCAAUCUCACCAAAACACUCGUCUAGAUUUUUUUCAAUCCCAUGACACUCCAUGUUCCUCCGAUUCAUUUUCGUUUCAGCUGCAUGAAACUAUAUUACGGUCUUUCUUACGAUAUUGUUCGGAAAUCGGCUUUUUCCUUGAUCAGGCUCGCUUUGCAGAUUCUGCUACGCUUCCAAACGUUAUGAAACCCUCCGCGGCUCUUCUUAGCACCGCAUACCUAUGGGGGAUUCACCUUUCCGAUUCGGAUGAGAUUUUAGCCUACGAAGAAGUGUUUCUUGCUCGUGCCCUCCAAAGUACCGCUCAAGGACUUUCCGGCAAUCAUCCUCAGCGAGUCAUACACUGUCUCCAAGCGGAAGUUCUAUUGGCGCACUACUUCUUUCGUAAGGCCAGAAUGUUGGAAGGAAAGUACCACACCUCCUCAGCUGUUUCGUUGGUGUUGAGUGCACGCUUACACAAGAUCCGCUCGGUCGAGGGAAAUGGGCCAUCUAUACUUCCUCCCCCGACAGAUAGUAUAGAAGAGGAUGAAAGAAUAAAGGCGUUCUGGACGGUCUUCAUUUUGGAUAACUGCUGGACGGCAGCAGAUGGAUCGCCAUCCAACUUCUCGAAUGGCUCUCCUGAUGGUAGGAUUGACCUUCCUUGGCCAUUGGGUACCCAGAUCCAAUUUCCUCGUGGCUAUCGGACCAGCCAUACCGUUCAGAAGUUCCUAGCCAACCAAAACGAGGAUUAUGGUACUUCAACAACAGCAUUAUAUGCGAAAGCGUCGAUCAUAUUUCAGCAAGCAUCUCGCAUUGGGCUGCGCUUUAGAUCCGGGAUGUCGCAACAAGAAGCUUCUCGUUUCUUCGCUUCUUUCACCUCAAUGGAACGCGUCAUCCAAAGUUUCAUUGAAAGUCUAUCAUCAGUUCAAGCUACGCUCGCAUCUGCCAACCCCUCCACUUCACUCAUGAUCCACACCUUAGCUCAUGUUUCAAUGAUACAACUUCACGCCCCGUUUAUCUCACGGAAUCCUUCUUCUCGUGGAUGGGUCGCGACUCAUUCUCGUGCAGCGGUUCAGGUUCUAAGCAAUAUUGAUAUUUCCGGCACACCAUUUCUGGAUUCAUUUAUUGCUUCAUGCCGGCAUCGGAACCGAUGAGACUAUUGGGUGAAGUUAUGGCUUCAAUGAGGACUGUGGCACC